CUCAACACCACUCGCGAUUCGCGGUGACAGGAAGUCCUGCUUCGCUUUACCCCCGCGAAAACAGUUUCUGUUAAAUAAUAAGCGGUUGUAGCAUUGCGUUAUGGUUGAUUCUGUGUUACAGACUGCUGUUGUGUGCUCGCUGAGCUGAUCGUCCACAUCGCGGGGUUCCAGGAUGUUGAUAUGUAGUGAGAGAUCUCCCUCGUGUAUCAUCUCUGUGAGAGUCUUGGGCGAACAUGGCGGCGGUGACACCAGUUCGAUGUUCUCUGAGAAUCCUGAGACGUCUGCCCCGGGUUGUAUCCCAUCGCCUCCAGCAGUGGCCCAGGCUCCAGGCUCUUGGACCGGCCCCUGUGUUUCACAUCUCCACUCCCCUCACUUCAGUCCACUGGAGAGGCUUCAGAUGCAGCCAGGUGGCCUCUGGACAGGUGCUGCAGUUUAAACUCUCGGACAUUGGAGAGGGCAUAAUGGAAGUGACGGUGAAAGAGUGGUAUGUGAAGGAAGGGGACAGAGUCUCUCAGUUUGACAGCAUUUGUGAAGUCCAGAGCGACAAAGCGUCCGUCACCAUCACGAGCCGCUACGACGGCAUCAUCCGUAAGCUGUAUUACGACGUAGAUGCCAUCGCACAUGUUGGUACGCCUCUUGUGGACAUCGAAACGGACAAAGCCCUGGAGGGCGCCCCAGAGGAAGACGUGGUGGAGACUCCGGCAGUAUCCCAUCAGCAAUCGCAUCAGGAAAUCAAGGGCCAGAAAACCCAGGCGACACCAGCGGUGCGCCGUCUGGCCAUGGAGAACAAUAUUAAACUGAGCGAGGUGGUCGGGACGGGAAAAGACGGACGUAUUUUGAAAGAGGAUAUUAUCAAUUUCUUAGCCAAGCAGACUGGAGCUAUCCUCCCGUAUGAAGUCCAGAAAAGCCCAUCACCCGCUGCAGACACCCCACCCAAAGAAAAGACGCCCGUCAUGGCUCCUCCGGCGACCCCGAGACCCGUCUUCACUGGGAAAGACAGAGCAGAGCCUCUGAACGGUUUCCAGAAGGCCAUGGUGAAGACCAUGACUGCUGCUCUGAAGAUUCCUCACUUCGGUUACUGUGACGAGGUGGACCUGACGCAGCUGGUGCGGUUACGCUCAGAGCUGAAGGAGCUGGCGGAGUCUCGAGGUGUCAAGCUCAGCUACAUGCCUUUCUUCAUCAAGGCCGCGUCCCUGGGGCUCUUGCAGUUUCCUGUUCUCAAUGCCUCUGUGGAUGAAGGCUGUCAGAACAUCACAUUCAAGGCAUCUCAUAACAUCGGGCUGGCGAUGGACACUCCUCAGGGCCUCCUGGUGCCCAAUGUGAAGAGCGUACAGGCCCUCAGUGUUUUUGACAUUGCUGUGGAGCUCAACCGUCUGCAGCUUCUGGGUUCAUCCGGACAAUUGGGCACCUCUGACCUCACCGGAGGAACCUUCACCCUCUCCAACAUCGGCUCGAUUGGAGGGACGUAUGCCAAGCCGGUGAUUCUGCCCCCGGAGGUGGCCAUCGGAGCUUUGGGAAAGAUCCAGGUGCUGCCCAGGUUUAACUCCUGUGACGAGGUAGUGAAGGCACACAUCAUGAAUGUCAGCUGGUCUGCCGAUCAUCGCAUCAUUGACGGCGCCACCAUGGCCCGCUUCUCAAACCUGUGGCGCUCUUACCUGGAGAACCCAGCUUCCAUGGUCCUGGAUCUCAAAUGAACACUUCCCUGGAAAUCAAAUCCCUCUGUCCGUCACUUCCUGCAGUGUCUUUACGUGUCGUGCCUAUCAUGUGAACACUCGAGCAUCUGCUUUCACGUUCAUCUUUGUUUCUCAAACAACUUUAAAUUCCUUCUCUCGUUGCCUUAAUUAAAAGCGGUUACGGUAACUUUGCAUUGCAAAACACUCACCGUAUGCUUUUGGAAAUGCUGUUAUGUAGCAGGGUUGAACAUUUCAAAUUUUCAUUGUCUUGCUGUACACCAAGUCUGAAGUCUCAAAUCACCCAUAGGUUUUUCUGAUGCCUUGUGUACGGAGGACGGAGGCUGAUACUGACUGAAUCUGUACCGUAGCGUCUCAUUGUCUGCUGACUUUCUCUGAGACUUCAUUCACACAAGCCUCUGUUGAGCUGACAGACAGCCACUUCAUCUAAAACCACUUGCGUGCCAGCAAUUGUGAAGAAAGGACCACCAUUUAACUGUUAAAAGAACAAAUGGACCACACAUGUAUAGAUUAUUAAAUUUUGAGUAGAAUAAAUGUUUUAUGGCAA